CUACAAUCCGGGGAGAGCUCACGAAUUCGAAUUGCAACUCUUUGGGCUUUCACCACAACACGACCGACCAUGUCUGACGAUCGUGGAAGGGGAAUAUCCCUACGAACAAAGCGGAAAGCACGCCCAGUUAUAAGUGCGCCCAAACAAAUAUCAGGUCCAAUUCAACAAACCCCGGACGUGCCACGAAACGCUGGAGGCAAGACAGGUAUCGAGGUUCCCAAGCAGCGCCAACAAGCCGGUGGAAAGACAUCCGACCUUGUUAAACGUCGGUAUUCGACCCGAUUCAACAACCUACCUGCGGGGUUCGAUGCCACUGCACCCCCGGUGCCAUCGACAUCGCCAGCAGGGAGAGUUGUUAGACCUGCUGAUAGAGAUGGAGGCAAGCCGCCAUCAAGGGGUGCUGGUAUCACCGUUGACUUGAAUGCUCUCCGAGACCCUUCCUUGCAACCGCAGCAAUAUGUUGCCAGCAUUUUGGGUGACGCUUCCGAGCAGGACAUCGAGGAUUAUCAACAAGCUCUGAAGAAGAUGAGAAAUCGAACUUCAACGGAUCUACAACAGAACGUGUAUCAAAACCGAACACAGUUUAUUAAGAUUAGUAAAGAAGCCGAAAAGCUGAAGGGCGAAAUGAGAGCUCUACGUAACCUUAUGUCUGAGCUUAAGAGCAACACAACAGCUCUGAGAUCUGCGUCAUCUUCAGCUACCGCCGACACAUCUGGCUUCAAUGGGUCCAUGAAUACGGUUCUCAGCAAGCGGGAUAAGCGGAGCUCUGUUGCGGACCGCACGGCUUUGUGGAAUUCUCAGCUACAGGCUUUGUGGAAGGCCGUUAGUGGUUCACAGAAGUUUCUCCCUGCGGCACUUGGACGCCAUGUCGUCCAAAAUGCUGGUCUUUGGGUGGAGCUUGAUAACGCAACGUGGAAGCCGAGAAGAUCUAUGCAAAUCAUCCUUUUAAACGACCAUCUUCUCGUUGCUUCACGCAAGAAACGUCGAAUUGAGGGCAAUAACGGGUCUGAUCCCCGCCAAGCCCCUUCAAAACUUGUGGCAGAUAGAUGUUGGCCAUUGCUCGACAUUGAAAUGGUUGACCUUGCAGGUACCAAUGACGCUACUGGUUCUCGAAAUAAGGUCGCGGAUGCCAUUAUGAUUCGAGGCAUUGCACAAGAAUCGUUCACUUAUCGUACGGAGAACGCAGACAGCAGUGAGAAGACGCAACUGCUCCUUAACUUCCGCAAGGCCGUAGAGGAGUUACGAAGAGGGUUGCGAUCGGAGAUUGAGAGUAACAACAAAACUAAGGAAACCAUUAACUACUUUGCGUCACGAGAUCCAGGUUUACUGGAGAAGGCAGACCUACUGGAGACACUAUCUGACAUGAAAGAGCGCCCAAAUGUGUUCAUUGAGGUCGAUGGCAAGCAGCAGAAUCUACGCUGGGUUGAAGGUCAAGUUGAUGAGCUUGACAUUGACAUUGCGCUUCAACAAUUCGACGAAGCAGUCAAUCGCCUUGAAAAACUGAAGGUUCUGGCGAAGGGCUUGAAGAAUAAUGCCGUGGCGCAGGACUUCAUCAACUUCAAAGUCAAUGAGCGGGCUGUUAAGCUUGCGGGCCUGAUCACUCGUGAGCUUGUUGAUAGCCACAACGAGUUAAAAAAAACGAAACGCAAUGUCGGCUGGCUUACAAGGCUUGGCUUUGAGGAUGGCGCUCGGGAGACGUACCUGAAAGCACGCAGCCUAACCAUUCAUAAACGCUCAAGACAAUGCACCUUUGAGGGCAAUCUACACCAGUACAUCUGGGAGAUCUCAUUUGUAUACUUUGCGAUUAUUAAAAACACCGUCUUGACAUUCCAGGAAUGCUUUCCGCCAUUGACGAUGAGCGCAUGUGUCAAAUGGGCGAAGGAACAGGUGGAUGCUUUCAAUGUGAUCUUAAACAGGCAACUAAGUAGUGCCGACCGCGAAGGUAACGUCUGGAAAGAAUGUAUGGAACAGUCCCAGGAGCACGCGAAGAUGCUCUCUGAAGUGGGCUUAGAUUUCAAAAACUUGGUAGGCCGUCAAACUGAGGCAGCCAGUGGGGGGAAUACGCCCGUUGGGCUUGGCCUUGCAUAGAACGUAUAAAAUGCAUAUUUAUAUUUACUGUACAAAUAAAUAUCUUACCACGCCG